GCUCGCUUGGUGUAUACGUCUGCUCGAUCGUAGUGGUAUAGCUAUCGCGAUUUUUAUCGAUAAAAGUUGUGUUGUGUUUAUUUUUUUUUAACGAAAAAGAACAGAUUUUUUUUAGUGCUGUGACGAAUUUGGGCUGGCCAGUUUCUUUUUCUGUAAAGAACCCGUUAUGUCCAAUUGAAGACCAAUAAGAGAGUCACAACGAUGGCGGCCGCAGGCGCUUUGCUUCUGGAGACGCGGCCUUUCAGGCCCUUCAAGUCCUCCGAGGAGUACUUGUAUGCUAUGAAAGAGGAUCUUGCGGAAUGGUUGACACUGUUGUAUCCAGAACUGAGGAUUACCGCUGAGAAUUUCCUUGACAGACUUGACACAGGCGUCGCACUUUGCAGGCACGCAAAUGCAGUCAGGGAUUCAGCCCGAUUGAUCCUUGAAUCACCGGCUCCGGAAACUGAGGAGGCCGUGGUCCUAGCCAAAGCCCUGCGAUCCCGUCCUCCAGUGAACAUGCUCCCAGCAGCCAAAGCGGGAACAUUCUUUGCACGAGAUAACGUUUCCAACUUCAUUGAAUGGUGCCGCCGUGCUCUGGGUAUACUCGAGUGUCUACUCUUCGAAACCGACGAUCUAUGCCUUCGAAAGAACGAAAAACAUGUAGUACUUUGCCUUCUUGAAGUAGCUAGGAAGGGCGCCGUGCUUGGAAUGCCGGCUCCACUUCUGGUGCAAAUGGAGAAACAGAUCGAAAGAGAAUUGGCAGGUGAAGAAUUGAAACCAGAUGACUCUGCUUUGGGCUUAAGACCACUCGGUCCUCAACCACAAUUGGUGACUAAUGAUUUGAGAAGCUUGGAUGAGCGCGUAAGAGAUUUGGUUGAGAGAUGCUCAUGUCCAACACAAUUCCCAAUGGUCAGAGUAUCUGAAGGAAAAUACCGAAUUGGCGACACCAGGAUUCUCAUCUUCGUGAGGAUCCUUCGUUCGCACGUCAUGGUACGCGUUGGUGGCGGUUGGGACACACUCGCCCACUACCUGGACAAGCAUGACCCGUGCCGCUGCCGCACCCAGCACCGCACCUCGCUCUCCGCCCGCCUGGCUCGGCCUAAACACGACCUCGCCGGCGCCACCGUCACAUACGAACGACCCGACGCCGGCCCAACUUCCCUCCCAUACACGAAAACAGAAAAAUACGAACCAAUGUCUCUACAAUAUUCCCCAAAAGUUUACAACGAGGAACCGAGAUCACAUUAUCAAUCGACUCACAAACUAGACGCUCCAUCCAGUCUACCAUACAUGGGUGAGAUGGAUAGGGCGUGUUCUCCUGGUAGAAAAUAUCUAUCACCACGCACAAAUAGUCCCGGAAGAUGCUCUGCUUCCCCAGACAGGAGAACCAAAAUCGUAUCCACGAAUCACUUGGUUCCAUCACCCCAUGCUAUAAGGAAUAAGAGUCCUAGACCAGUCUCACCGGCACCAGCCACAGAGAGCGCAUCAGACAAUGGUUCAGAAGUAUCCGAUGAGGGUUACAGGAGCUUGGGCGUGGUAGCCGGGUCCACGCAAGGAUCGCCGUCUACGAAAACAACCAAUCGAUACUCGAUACACAGUCAGAAUUCUAUGGAUGACGCAGAUUAUAAUGAGCGUCUCGAGCACGACGACGGCUGCCACAUGGAGAAAAACGUUGACGACUACGUCAGUCUGACAACCGGACUACGCAAGACAGAUUUCUCUGACACGUUCUACGGUGGAGCGAGCAGGAAGACCAGCUCCGUCGACGACAAGUCCAACCGCGCCAGCCCCGAGUGCAUCAUUAGCACAGAGAGCAACGACUCGCCCAGCAAGAGCCUCAGACCUAAUAGAGAAGUCUCCGAGUCACCAACAAAAACCAUACGCAGCAGACAAGCGAGCAGAAUCCCUCAUUCCCCAGUGAGAACCAAAACCCCCAGCCGCGGAAACACACCAAGUCCAAAACAUACAGCCAGCCCAGUCCAGACGUCACCCAAACUGAAGCCCAAGCUUCCUCCCACAGCAAGAAAUACCUGGAGCGGCAGGACCGCACCCACACAGACCAAAACCAAGACCAGACCUACAAUCGGCGCCGACACCUUUGAUAAUCCAAAUAAAUCCCCAAAAGCUAAGCCCAAAGUCGGUCAAACGGAAGCUUUCAAGCGGAACUCCCCUCUAAGGGCAAGCAGCGCAACUCUACGUUCACCACCACAUCAAAAACAAUUAAGCCCUUUAUUGGAACAGAUCUUAAGGUCAGCGGAGACGGCGAAAGAUGACGCCACCGUCUUAGAAAAAAUGAAAGAAAUCAUCAGAACCUAUUCUAAAGGCGAGGACUCUCUAUCAAGGACGAGCUCAAAAGACUCCGACUACGCCGACUUCACAUCGGCUUGGGUGAUGUCUGAUGGUAAAUUGGAGAGGUCCACUAGCACCAGGCAGUUGGCUGCCCCGAGGAAAGACCCCAGGACUGGAGCUUCGAGGAUACCAGCUCCGGUGUCCAUUGGCUGCAGAAGGUCUACAUCGACGUCGCAGUUCCAAUGACAGCUCUCGCUCGAAACCACUUCGAGUGAUUCAAAGACUGAGCAAGUGUAAGUGUUUGUGAAUUUGGACCAAACGUUGGCGCAAACAUUUGGUAUAAUCGCGAUAGAUCCAAAUAAAGUGGAUUGUAAGAUUAUUUCCAACGGUUUCGGUCAAAUGUAGACAUUUUAUAUGUAUUUAUUGUUAACAAAUAUCAUAUCUUCUUCAGAUUAAUAUUUAAUAUCUAAAUUGUAGUGCUAAUGUAGCAUUUUAUGUAAAAGCGAUAUUAUUAUCGCGAUUUGAUUCGAAUAUCAAAUUCCGAUCUAGUGUUAGUACUAACAUUAAAUUAGUAUUAAUUAUUCUUUUUAGAAUAGACAAUUCGUACUAACCAUUGCGUAA